AUGCCAAAGCUAGAGCAAUUCGAAAUCAAGAAGUACUGGCAGAUUUUUUCUGGGUUGAAGCCAAUUGACAACAAGUUGAAUCACGAUCAAGUGCAGCCCAUUCUCUUCAAUUCCAGGUUGGAUACCUCGAUUUUGAACAAGAUUUGGUUUCUAGCGGACAUCGACGACGAUGACCAGCUCGAUUUCGAAGAAUUCGUUAUCUGUAUGCGUAUGAUCUUCGAUAUGGUGAAUCAGAACAUCGAUAGUGUACCUGAUGAAUUGCCAGACUGGUUGAUUCCUGGAUCCAAGGCCGAAUUGGUCAAGCAAAGGAAAAAGGAGCGUAUGAGUGGCAGCUUGUCAGAUACAAGUUCCGUGAACACCGCUCCGGAUGUAUCGACAUCCCAACAAGAGACCCGUAAAGAAGUUGACUGGUACAUUUCUAGAGAAGACAAGACUCAGUACGAAGCCAUUUACGAGUCUGCUAUAUCCUCUAGAGACAACACCGUUUCUUACAUUUCUCUCUCAUCGGCUGUAAGAUCAAAAUAUAUCAACCUUUCGUCACAAGAUUUGGAAAAGACAUGGCGUUUGGUUAACCCAAAGCUGGAUAUGUCUAUUGAUAGAGAUCCAGCCCUAUACUUCAUUCAUAUUCUCAGACAAGUGAACGAUUAUGCAUGUCCGAUUCCAUCACACCUACCAGAUGCAUUGAAGGAAACGUUCACAAAAUCUAGAGUGCCAACCUCGCUAUCUUCAAAACAGGGUGAAAUUAGAAAGCAAAAUACCUCGUCGUCCAACUCCUCUUCUCCAUCAUACCAGAUUCCAAAGAGGGAGGGAACUGACUUUUCUGUCACGCAAGGUACUGAUUGGGAAGUAGUCAGAUUACAAAGAGAGCUUGCAAAUAUCGAUUCCGAACUGUCUUCUGUACAACAACAAAAAUCUAUGUCUCAAAAUAAUCAGGAAAAUAGAAUGCGUCUCAUCAAACAACAACUUGAGCAGUUCUUGCAAUACCAAACUAAAAUUAACGGACCCAAUAGCUCAUCUCAAAACAUAGAUAUUAGAAGCUUGAGAGAUGAUAUAAAUAAUAUUGAACAACAAGUUCAAAUGCUGGAACAAUACUUGAACACCAAAAAAUCGGAGCUAAAUAACUUGAAUGUGGAAAUUCAAUCCCUCCAAUAA